UAGUUUGACAGUCACACUGGACACGCCCUUGCAGCCCGAUUCAUUCUCCAGGUUAGUGGCUUUAUAAAGCUGAUGUGAAGCAUCAAAGGGCAUUACAGCAGCAGCAGCAGCAGCAGCACUUCAUCUAAACAUGUCGUGUGCUUGCGUCGCUCCACCGAACUUCUCAUGGGUCGAACCUCAUAAACUCGCCGGACUGGCCUGUCCUACAGAAACUCAGCACUAUAAGUUCCUGGUGAAGAAUGGCAUCAAACACCUGGUGUGCUUGACAGAAUCAAAACCACCGAAGUAUGAUACCUGUCCAGAGCUCAUCUUGCAUCACAUCAGCAUAAUGGACUUCACGCCACCGAGUCUGGCUCAAAUACUGCGAUUCCUGAGCAUCGUGGAGGAAGCCAAUGCUAAAGGGCAGGCUGUUGCGGUUCACUGUAUGCAUGGUCAUGGCAGGGUAGGGACCAUGCUAGCCUGCUACCUGGUGAAAAUGAGGAACAUCUCCGGUCUGGAAGCCAUCAAAGAAAUCCGCCGACUUCGAAAAGGGUCCAUUGAGACACAAGACCAGGAGAAGGCAGUGAUAGAGUUUCAGAAAUACAUUCAAAACAUUAAAUCUUGAAUGCAAUGUGUUAACUGGGUCAAUCAUGCUUAUGUUUGUAUUCAGAUCUAUUGAUGUAUUGAAAAAAAUGCAUUAAAGCUCAUUCACAACA